CCAAAAUGCCAGAAACAAAACAACAGAUUAAAGAAGUCCUUCCCAAACAAGGACUCCUAUACCAAGAAGACAUGCCAACAGUGGUUUUGUGUAAGCCUAAAAUUCUUCCUUUGAAGUCAGUGACACUAGAAAAAUUGGAGCGUAUGCAGCGUGAAGCGCAGGACACUGUUAAGCAACAAGAAGCGCAGCAGCAGCAUGGGGACAAACAGGACUUUUUUAGUGAUUAUUCUUAGUUGAGGAACGACGUAGUGAUUUUCUUAAUGGGGACAAACAAGACUUCUUCAGUUAUUAUUCAUAGUUGGGGGACAUCUUGAAUGGGACAAACAGGACUUUUUUUAAUGUUUAUUUGUAGUUGGAGAAUGUCGAAGUGAUUUUCUAAUGGGAAUGAGCAGGACUUCUACGGUGACUUUUCAGGAUUCAAACGUGCUAUAGUACGUGAUUUUUUGCCUGAGAAAUCUUUCAGAAAUCUUGAUGUUUUACAUGUACGAUACAUAACAACAGUUUUAUUCUGUUGACUUGUAUAUUCUAAAUUUAUGGGGGAAAAUAGAAUUAACAAUUGUAUUGUUUGAUUUCAAGAACUCUGAAUAUGCUUGUCCAUUUUUCUUUGUUUACAAAGCAUCCUAAGUAAAAUACAUUAUUGUUUCAUUGGUAUGCCUCUGUAUAGAUUCGUAUUUUAUGAUGUUUAUAAUAUAUCUAUGAGAAAAAAAAUACAUCCAAGCAAUUAUCA